CAGAGCUACAUAUAUAUACAGAGAGAGAGAGAUACACACACACACGCACACACACAGAGCUACAUAUAUAUACAGAGAGAGAGAGAUACACACGCACACACACACGCACGCACGGUUUCUUCAUUGCGCGCAUAUCAUCAGUCCGCGCACCAAACGCAAGCUAAGAGCAGCCGGUCCUUUGCUUCUACGCAGUGAACAACUGCGAGAUUUACCUGAAGAUUUUGUUCGUUUACAGUUACAGCCUUUCCAUCCUUCGACACACACACACGUAUUCGUGCUGGAGUCCUCGGGGGAAUAAAAGGAAGGUCGUUUUGGUUUUAAUGCGCCCAGCUAAGCAUAGAAAACGACUUAACAUUUAAUGCGAGCAACCGGCAGCGAAGAUUCAUUUAUUUAUUUAUUUUUUAUUAUUUUUGGCCAAAAAUGGUGAAAGGAGAAGAUUAAGAAAUAAAAAAUAAUAAUAAUAAAAAAAAACAGGGACAGCAAAAAGCCAGAAGGGCACCGAGAGGACAGCAGCGUCGGAAAACAUGCUGCGGAUGUAAAAUUUAGACGCCAGUUUCCACACGUACGAGAAGACAGAGAAACGAUAGAUUCCUCUUGAGCAUCUACCCCUCUCUCUGCAUCAAGGAUGGUACAGACAGCACUCCACUUCCUGUCAGGCAUGUCUGCCAGGUAUUUCCUGUUCCUGUGUGUGCUCUGUGCUCUCUGGGUCUCUCUGUGUAACGGCGCAUGUGCAGAGGUGGACUCCGACACCGAGGCAGUAGCAGGGCAAGGCUUUAAACUGGGCUGCAUUUCCUGCAAGAUGAGAGGAGAGGUGAAGGCCAGGGUAACCGUCGACUGGUAUUUCAGGGCUAAGGGAGAGAAAGAGUUUAUACAUAUCUAUACCUAUGGUGAAGAAGCAACCCUCGUAAUUGAAGAGCGCUUCACUGACCGCGUGGACUGGAAUGGCAGUAGGAGUAAGUUAAAUGACCUGCAGGAUGCCUCCAUCUACAUCCACAAUGUGACCUUUAACGAUUCGGGAGUGUAUCGCUGCUCCUUCCGCCGAACCCUCUUGUAUGAGGCCUAUGAGUACGAGACUACUGCCACCAAGUUGGUGCACCUCACUGUGGUGGCCAAAGCGACGCGCGGGACGGCCUCCAUCGUUUCGGAGGUAAUGAUGUACGUGUCAAUCAUCGGGCUGCAGCUGUGGCUGUUGGUGGAGAUGAUCUAUUGCUACAGAAAGAUUGCUGCGGCCGGUGACGAGGCCCUCAGAGUCAGCGCAGAGGAGUAUUUAGCGAUAGCAUCGGAAAGCAAAGAUAACUGCACAGGAGUGCAGGUGGCAGAAUAGCAGAGGCUUUACCCGUGUCACCCACAUGCACCUCCACAUUCCUGUCUUCUGCUUCUUGGAUUCUUGUUGGAUUCUCCUCAUUUUUGCACUUCUUACCCAAUCUCCUAAACUCCCAAAGUCUUUUUUUUUUGUUUUGUUUUGUUUUGUGGUAGUUUCAAUCCAAUUCUUCUACAGUGGUUUAGCAUGAAGGGCUUCUCGGAUGAGUUUCCAGGAGUAUUAGAUCAAUAUGCAGUUCAGGAGUGUUUCAGGAUCAGGAAAUGACCAUUUGCAGAACAAAACCCAUCAGUUUGCACGAGUGUAAUAAUAGGGCAUGAUUAUAGUCUUACAAUAUAUUGUACCUCAUACAUAUGCUUUGAUAUAGAAACUAAAUGAAAUGCAUUACCUAUUUACUGUAUAUAUUAGGGUUGCCACGUAUUCAGUCCAGUCUGAGCUGUUAUUUGUUUGUUGUUGUUUUGUUUUUGUUUUUUUGUUUUGUUUUUUGUUUUUUUUCCAGUGCUUUCAAAACAAUCAAUAAAAUCCUAUUGGUCAGUUUGUUUUAUCAUUUCCCACUCCCACCUGUCCUGGAAAUAUUAGGCCAAUUUUGUCAUUUAGUAUAAUUCCUGUUUUCAAAGCAACAGCCAGCCAUAAAGAGAGAAACAAGUAACAUUGUCUGUCUAAAUUUUUGUAAGGACAAAAUUGGCCAAGGAAGAGAUAGUUGUCAUAGCAGAAAUCGGCAUUCCAAUGCUGAUAAUGGCAAGGUCGAGUACAAAGUAUAGCUGGAAGAAACAUUAGGGCUGAGCGUAAAGGAAUUUUGACCUAAAAUGUGUGCUGCGGCAUUGGGGUGUCCAGUUUUGGCAUGUUAAAAAGGUGGCAAUCCUAGUAUAUACAGUAUUCCUGCACUGGCAAUAGUAAAAACAUAUGCAAUAGUCCAAUGUUGCACUAGGGGUCAGUAAGGAGCAGUGAAUUACUCACAGUCUCGCUCAUUUUCAGGGCAAUAUUUACUGUGGUGUACUGUACUAAUACACAGUAAUACUAUUGGUGCACUAGCCUGUAUUGAUAUGCCAGGAGAACAGUCAGCUAUACUGUAAAUUUCAGCCAUUCUGUUCCUGUCAUUCAAUGCUGGAGCUACUUCGAUUAUACAUAUAAACCCUUAACAUGUGUUAAGUUUAGACUUUACUCGUAGUAUUCGUUAUUAAUGAAUACUGAGUACAAACUAGUGAAUGUAAUAAAUGAAUAAGAAUUUGAGAUCACCUCCUGCCAAUGCAGUGCAAAAUAAGUUUAUGCACUUUAGUCUCGUCGAUGAACGCAUGAUCAAUCAGCAAGUAAAGCAAUGCAAAUACUGUUUAUUAGACUCUUAUAACCUACUUCUGCUAUAAUACUCAACAUAUUUUUAUGAUAAAUUAUAAUGUAUCAGUGCAAAAGGAAGAACGUAUAAACUGUGAAGGAAACACUUAUUAAUGAGUGUGUUUGGGGGUAUUAUGAUAAUUAAAUUAUUGAAUAAAAUAAAACAU